GUCGCCGCCGGGCGUUGGCAGCUUCGGAGAGCCUUCCCGGCUCCGGGCGCCCGCGGGCAGGGCGCGGGGGCAGCGCCUCGCUCGGCUGCGGAGGCUGCGGGGCCACCGCUCCAGAUGCAGAAGCCAUGGAGUUGAGCUGCAGCGAAGUACCUCUUUACGGGCAGAUGACGGUGUGUGCGAAGUUCGACAAAAAUGUCUAUCUUCCUAAAGAUGCCGAGUUUUACUUUAUUUAUAACGGAUCUCAUCAGAGACACGUGGUGAUUGCCGAGCGUACGGAGGACAACGUUCUCCAGUCCAGCAUUCCAGGCCACGGGCUUCAGGAGACGGUGAUGGUGUCUGUGUGCCUCUGCUCAGAAGGUUACUCCCCGGUGACCAUGGGCUCCGGAUCUGUGACCUACGUGGACAACAUGGCCUGCAGGCUGGCCCGUCUGCUGGUCACCCAGGCCGAUCGCCUCACUGCCAGUAGCCAUCAGACCUUGCUGACCCCGUUUGCCCUGACGGUGGGAGCACUGCCUGCUUUGGACGAGGAACUCGUGCAGGCGCUGACCCAUCUGGAGUUGCCUCUUGGGUGGACCGUCUUGGGACAUUCUUCACUUAAAGUUACUCUUCCCAGAGAGUCCCUGCUCCACCUGGCUGUGCGCUGGGGCCUGCCGAAGCUGUCCCAGUUCCUCGUGUGUCUCCCGGGGGGCGUUCAGGCCUUGGCUUUACCCAACGAAGAGGGUGCCACGCCAGUAGACUUAGUUUUAAAUGGUGGGCACUCCACGCUGGCUGACAGCAUCACAAAUUUCCAGGGCAGACGUUCCCCAGGCUUCUCCCGAGUGCAGCUCAGCGAAGAUGCCUUCCUGCAGUAUAUUCAUGCGUCAGGAACGCUGACCCUGACGCUUCACCACACGGCCGAGCAUUUGUUGGAGGCAGACAUUAAACUCUUCAGGAAAUACUUUUGGGAUAGAGCCUUUCUCAUCAAGACUCUUGAAGAGCAAGAAACCAGGCCAGAGGAAAGAUCAGAUAUGCCCUCCAGUGCUGCAGAAACCGAAGAAGAGGUUAAGAAUUUGGUGUCCAGUAGAUCUUCACCUGAACAGGAGGAUGGAAAGGGCCUGAAAAGCCUGGUGGUUCAACUGAAUGAGCAUGAAGACCAGGACUGUCUAGAUUUGGAUCGCUCCUGUGAUGUCCUCAAAAAAUCCAAGCAGCCCCCCAAGUUCCACGCUGCCGGUGGGCUUUCUGACAUGCUGAACGGUGGCGAUGAAGUCUAUGCUAACUGUAUGGUGAUAGAUCAGGUUGGUGAUUUGGAUAUUAACUAUAUAAACCUAGAGGGAGUCACUACACACACCUGCCCUGAGUCCAUGGAUUCUACUCUGACACCUCAGAGCGGCAAGCAUAUCCUUUCUACCGAAACCAGCCCUGGCGGGCACCCGCUCGAUGAGAACAAGGAAGUGACAUCAAACACUGAGGCCCAACAGUCCUUCACAUCGCCAUCUAGUUCAUGUGCUUCCAACUUAAAUCUUUCUUUUGGUCUUCAUGGAUUUGAAAAGGAACAAAGUCAUCUAAAGAAAAGAAGUUCCAGCCUCGAUGCCCUGGAUGCAGACAGUGAGGGGGAAGGGCCUGCGGAGCAGGCACACCUGUGCUACACGCCCGAGUCGCAGGGUUCCUCCAGAACCGGGAUUCCCAGUGGGGAUGAAUUAGACUCUUUUGAGACCAACACUGAACCAGAUUUUAACAUCUCCAGGACUGAGUCACUUUCUCUAUCAAGUAACCUUCAGUCAAAGGAAUCACUACUUUCUGGAGUCCGCUCACGUUCUUAUUCCUGCUCAUCACCCAAAAUUUCUUUAGGAAAAUCUCGGUUGGUGCGUGAUUUUACAGUGUGCAAUGCAAGUGAAGAGCAAAGAGCGUACAGUUUACCAGAGCCGCCAGAAGAAAAAAGAAUUCCGGAAGAAGAAUGGGAUAAAUACAUCAUACCUGCCAAAUCGGAUUCUGAAAAGUACAAAGUGAGCCGAACUUUCAGCUUCAUCAUGAAUCGGAUGACUAGCCCUCGGAAUAAAUCUAAGACAAAAAGCAAGGAUGCCAAAGACAAAGAGAAGCUGAGUCGACAUCAGUUUGUCCCUGGAACUGCCUCUGGAGUUCUACAGUGUUUGGUUUGUGAUAAAACGCUCCUGGGGAAAGAGUCGUUUCAGUGUUCCAGCUGUACUGCAAAUGUACAUAAAGGUUGUAAAGAUGCUGCACCUCCAUGUCCCAAGAAAUUCCAAGAGAAAUAUAACAAGAACAAACCACAGACCAUCCUUGGAAAUUCUUCAUUUAGAGACGUCCCCCUGGCUGGUCUCUCCUUGCACCCUUCUUCCUCCAUGCCCAUCGGAUUGCCGGCCGGGAGGAAAGACACCGCGGGGCAGGCCCAUCCAUUGUCCAGAAGUGUUCCCGGCACCAUCUUGGACAGGAGGCCAGGCACAUCCUUGGAGUCCGAGAGUGACGGGAACGCCUGGAGAAGCAGGUCUCAUUCCGAUGAGCUCUUACAGUCCAUGGGCUCAUCCCCCUCCACGGAUUCUUUCUUAAUGGAAGAUGUCGUGGAUUCUUCUCUGUGGAGUGACCUCAGCAGUGAUGCCCAGGAGUUUGAAGCCGAGUCUUGGAGUCUUGUGGUGGACCCCUCGUUUUGCAGUAGGCAGGAGAAGGAUGUCAUCAAAAGACAGGAUGUCAUUUUUGAGCUAAUGCAAACGGAAAUGCAUCACAUCCAGACCCUCUUCAUCAUGUCUGAGAUCUUCAGGAAAGGCAUGAAGGAGGAGCUGCAGCUGGACCACAGCACUGUGGAUAAAAUCUUCCCCUGCUUGGAUGAGUUACUUGAAAUUCAUAGGCAUUUCUUCUAUAGCAUGAAGGAGCGGAGGCAGGAAUCCUGUGCUGACAAUGACAGGAAUUUCGUCAUUAACCGAAUUGGAGAUAUUCUAGUCCAACAGUUUUCAGAAGAAAAUGCAAAUACAAUGAAGAAAAUAUAUGGAGAAUUCUGUAGCCAUCACAAAGAAGCUGUCAGCCUAUUUAAAGAACUCCAGCAAAAUAAAAAGUUUCAGAAUUUUAUUAAGCUCCGAAAUAGUAAUCUUUUGGCUCGACGCCGAGGAAUUCCAGAAUGCAUCCUGCUAGUCACUCAGCGCAUCACAAAGUACCCUGUGUUAGUGGAGAGGAUAUUGCAGUACACAAAGGAAAACACGGAAGAACAUAAAGACUUAUGCAAAGCUCUUUGCCUAAUAAGAGACAUGAUUGCAGCAGUGGAUUUAAAAGUCAGCGAAUAUGAGAAAAACCAAAAAUGGCUCGAGAUCCUAAGUAAGAUCGAAAACAAAACAUAUACCAAGCUCAAAAACGGCGAUGUGUUUAGGAAGCAGGCACUGAUCAGCAAAGAGAGAACUCUAUUACAUGACGGCCUUGUUUUUUGGAAAACUGCUACGGGCCGUUUCAAAGAUAUCCUAGCGCUGCUUCUAACUGAUGUGCUGCUCUUUUUACAAGAAAAAGACCAGAAAUACAUCUUUGCAGCUGUUGAUCAGAAGCCAUCCGUUAUUUCCCUUCAGAAGCUUAUCGCCCGAGAAGUUGCUAAUGAGGAGAGAGGAAUGUUUCUGAUCAGUGCUUCUUCUGCUGGCCCUGAGAUGUAUGAGAUUCACACCAACUCCAAGGAGGAGCGAAAUAACUGGAUGAGACGGAUCCAGCAGGCAGUCGAGAGUUGCCCAGAAGAAGAAGGGGGGAGGACAAGUGAGUCUGAUGAAGAGAGGCGGAAAGCUGAAGCAAGAGUGGCCAAAAUUCAGCAAUGUCAAGAACUACUCUGUAAUCAAGACCAGCAAAUCUGUACAUAUUUGGAGGAGAAGCUGCAUAUCUACGCUGAGUUGGGAGAACUGAGUGGAUUCGAGGAUGUCCACCUGGAGCCCCACCUCCUCAUCAAACCCGACCCCGGCGAGCCUCCCCAGGCGGCCUCCUUGCUGGCAGCGGCACUGAAAGAAGCUGAGAGCCUGCAGGUCGCAGUGAAGGCCUCCCAGCCGGGCGAUGCCUGUCAGCCCCCCGAGGAGGGCUGUGCAGAAGCUGCCUUGCCCGAUGUGCCCAGUUGUGACGCGCCAGGACCGCCUACUGCUUCACUAGUCACAGAAGGGACAGGAGGAAGAGGCUGUUGGGAUGUGGAUCCCGGGACCCAGGGUGUGGGAGCCGACUUGGCGGUCUCUGAUGCAGGGGAGAAGGAGGAAUAUAGAAGUUUUCCAGGUUCCUCUCAGUCAGAGAUUAUACAAGCGAUACAGAAUUUAACCCGUCUCUUAUACAGCCUUCAGGCCGCCUUGACCAUCCAGGACAGCCACAUCGAGAUCCACAGGCUGCUUCUCCAGCCGCAGGACAGCUCCUCCCCGGGCCCCUCCUUCCGAGGCAGCCCCUUCCAGGACCCGGACAAGCACCGCAGCCUGGAGAAGCAGCGAGAGGAGCUGGCCGACAUCCCCAAGCUGCAGCGCCAGUUCCAGCAGGACCAGCGGCGCUGGCAGCGCAGGUGCGACCAGCAGCGGCGGGAGCAGGAGGCCCGGGAGAGCUGGCUGCAGGAGCGCGAGCGGGAGUGCCAGUCGCAGGAGGAGCAGCUGCGCAGGAGCCGCGGGGAGCUGGACCUGCAGCUGCAGGAGUACCUGCAGAACCUGGAGCAGCUGAGGGUGGGCCAGCGCCUGGUGGAGAGGGAGAGGGGCAGGAUGCGCGCCCAGCAGAGCCUGCUGGGCGGCUGGAAGCACAGCCGGCAGAGCAGCCUUCCCGCGGCCUUCUCUCCAGGAAGCCAGGAGGUAAUGGAACUUAAUCGAUCUGAGAGUUUACAUUAUGAAAAUUCACUCUUCAUCAACGAUGCUUUAGUACAAAUGUCAUGUAACACUUUCGACAAAUCAACUCCACCAGCCAUCCACCAGGACGCCACUUGCCCCCCCAGUAUAUCUAACUCUGACUCGGAAAGGACUAGUGAAAAUCAAGUAGACCUCAAGACAGGUGUUUCUCAGUCCACGGGUGAAAACCAUGAACUAUGGACAGCCGCUGAGUCCUGUCAGCAGACAGCCCCCCUCCACCAAAGCAGCGAGGAUUCUUGUCAAAAUGGCUCCAGUGUGAAGAAGUGCAGUUGCACACGGAUAUCUCCCUGGGGACCAUGCACUGGAUCACACCCCCCCUUGGAAGGAGACCGCAGCAACACUGCAAGGGAUUUGGACAUCUCUGAGGCUGAGUUCCCAACGCCCCCUGACUCAAACCCACCCGGCCCUGAGCUGCAGACGUUUAUAGCAGAAGCAAAGCUAAAUCUACAGACACUGACCAGGCAAGAUGGGGAAACUGGAGAUGGAGCCGAAGAAAAUAUUGUUUACCUCUAAUUGUGUUGUCAUUAUUUUUCCCAACAAAACAGAACACUGACAUUUUGGGGAGAAUUUUUAUUUUCCUUUCCUGAUAUGUGUGUGACUGUGUCCAAAUUGCUUUAAGAGUAAUAGUUAAUAUUUCAUGCAAGUUCCUUUUGGGGGGCAUGAGUCUAAUAAUUAAAUUAUUGAAAGCAGCUCUGUGUGUAUAAUGGUUAACUCACCAUACCUAAUUUCAGAUUUCUGGAGGAGAAAUUAACUUGAAUAAGCAGAAAUAUUUUCAAAGUUCUGACUCUGGACUGAAAUUGCACAUUGCAUUUUCUACUGAAUCAUCUGGUUUUUGAAAUGCCUUUUAAGACCCAGAUGAAGCAAUUUGAAUGGAAAGAAUGGUAUUCAUGAUGGGCAAACUUUCACAAUCACAGCAGUUGAUUACAGCAAGUGGCCUUCCUGCCCCAGAGACAGAGGAGGCAGUGGGAAAGGCCUUUUCUUGCUUAGUUUUUCCAUGCUAAUUGCUCUUGGGGACAUCAAAGGGUUGCUCUUGGUGGUGACCUGUCACAGUCCUGGUGCAGCCAACGUGUGCUAUUUGGACACUGUUCUGAGCAGGAGGCCACUCUGCCAUGGACACAAUCUGGACUCUUAUGACCUGCGCCACAUGCUUCGCAGAUGCACUUCCUCAGCCCAGUGCUGGUUGUUUUUCAAGCCACAUCUUUCAAGAGAGCCCAGAGGCAAAGCUCCAGCAUGGUCAAUUUUGCUGUAAAUAGUGAAACUCCAGUAGUGCCCUCACUUCUCUCAUCUGGUCCUGUCCUGCCAGGCCUGGGAGCACCAACUACCACUCGCUAGAAGCAUCUCUCCCUCAGUUCUUUAAGGACAGGAAUUGCUCUCUCGGCAAAGCUUACUGCCUGUUUGUGAUUUUCCACAAAGGAAAGCUCUUACGUUCUGUCCUCAGAGUAAUAUGGGUCUCUGUGUGAGAAAAUAAACCAGAAAAUGUUUUCAGCUUGUUCUUCAGAAAUACUUGUACAUGUUUCGGUCAGUGUCAAUAAAUGUUCUUUACCUGUCUA